UCCCUACUCGGUCCUACCUAAGUGUCGCAGGGAGUGCCCUGAGUCAUUGCAGUCGUCAUGCACGGUGAAUCAGGGAAGCAAUCUUUGCGUGGAGCUCUGAAAGAGGACGUGCCAGGGUUUAACUUUGACAAUUACGCCCGAAAUGCCUCCUUGCCUACGGAGACGACUAUGCACUUACCCUCGGCCAUGAAAACGGGCACGACCAUCGCAGGCGUCACCUUCAAGGACGGCGUGGUAUUGGGCGCGGACACACGGGCGACGGGCGGCACGGAAGUGGCGGACAAGAACUGUGAGAAGAUCCACUACUUGGCUCCCAACAUUUAUUGCUGCGGGGCGGGGACGGCGGCCGACACGGAGAAAACGACCGAGAUGAUCAGCUCCCAAUUAGAUCUCCUACGCCUGUCCACCGGUUCCCCCUCCCGCGUGGUCACGGCCUGCACCAUGCUGAAACGGAUGCUUUUCCGUUACCAAGGCCAUGUGUCGGCCGCUUUGGUGCUAGGGGGGGUAGACAGUUCGGGCGCGCAUCUCUACCAGAUCUACCCCCACGGUUCCACGGACAAGAACCCUUACGUGACCAUGGGGAGUGGGAGCUUGGCGGCCAUGAGUGUCUUCGAGACGGGCUUCAAGGAGGACAUGACGGAGGCGGAGGCAAUCGAGCUCGUGAAAGAGGCGAUUCUCGCGGGGAUAUACAAUGAUUUGGGCUCGGGCAGUAAUGUAGAUUUGACCAUCAUUAGGAGGAAUGGGGAAGUCACCGUGCUGCGAGGCUACCUGACUCCGAACGAUGUGGAACCUCUUCGGACGUCGUACAAGCGCCCGGCCGCGCUUUCCGUGCCUGCUGGCGCCACGGCAGUGCUUUCGACGCACAUGGACCCCGCCCGGCCGGGGCUCGAAGGGCUGGUCAUAGAAGAUGCGACAGCCAUGACGUUUUGAGAAAGGAUCGGGAAGGGAGAUGGAGGACAGGGCGAUAGAACAUGGGGGUGCGAGCAGUCAGGGGACAAGAAUGGGCGAGAUGGAAGGAGGGUGUGAGGGUUCAAGAGGAUGGAGACGACGAGAAAGAGGCAGGGAGGGCUUUCCAAUUUGAGAAAGGAGGCCAUAAAAGGAACGCUUCUGUCACAUUCAUCGUGCCCGGUUUGGCGGUGUCAAAGGUCGUGGUAUCAACGGUUUCCAUUAAAUGU